AUGAAGUUCACACUCGUCUUUACCGCCUUGAUUGUCGCCGUUACGGCUAUUCCCCUCUCUGCUCCUGCCGAAAAGAGAGCUGCGCAAGACUCUGGCGAUUUGCAGAAGCGAAAAGAGGAUCGCGGCUUGUUCGCUGUUGACUGGAAGGACAAGAGGCAAACUCGCUGA